AUGAGCGGCGAUCCCCAAUCCGAUUUCAGUUCCAUGCUUGAAAGGUACCGCACCCUCAUUGCUAAGCAUAUCUUAGGUUAUAUGCUGAACUCUUUGCGCAGUAUCGACGCUGCAGCCACUUCAACCUUCACAAGCAGGCAGCAGCUUCCAACUUCCAAUACAAACGAUGCGUCGAUCAAUGCUCAUAGUCUCGAACCACAGAUGCCUCCAUCUCACAUCUUAUCAUCAACUAUCGAGUUAUUCUUUCAUCAUUGGCACGGUCAGCCAUACUGCUUCUUUCAUGAAAAGACAUUUCAGCAACAGCUACGCAGUGGUAGGCUGCCGAACUACCUUAUACGAGCUGUACUAGGAAUAGCGAUACGCUUUUCAGAUGAUCCAUUCUUUGCCGACAAAGAUCGUACAGCUGCGGCGCACGCGUCCGCAGCAUGGAAAGAGACUUUCAGGCGUAUCUUUGACUCUGAUGAAGUUUUAGACCACUAUGUGGUUCAAGCGGCGACUUUACUCGCGCUGUAUGACUUCACAGAGUGUAAGCAUAGAACUGCAUGGAUCAAAAUUGGUGUAGCUGUCAAUGUUGCACAAGCUAUGCACAUGAUGACUGAACCGCCCACUGAAUUGCCCUUCUCCGCUCAAGAGGAACGUCGUCGCACGUUAUGGUCGAUCUAUCUUUUAGAUAAGCUGGCCACUUGUGGCAGACAUAGACCGUCCUUGUUCCAGGACCAGUCAAUUCGUAUUCAGCUACCCUGCAGUGACGAAAACUUCCGAACAUCCACACCGCAGCAAGUGGUAAGUCUGGAAGAGUUUCUGCGUUUUGUCGACUUCAGAGUCGAUCAUAUGGAGACACUCGCACCAACUGUUGUCGUCGCUUCUCUCUUGAGCCAAGUGGCCAACUACACUUUCCAACGAGACAUUACUGGCGAUCGGAAGGCGCCGUGGGACCACACGUCCGAGUACCAAACCAUUUGCUCUCAGCUCGCCCAGUUCGAGACACUCUUCGACUGCUAUGGGGACAUACAGGCGACGAUUCUGAACGCACCUCUUCGUCAGUCUGAGCCCAACGUGCCGAUCACCGAGUCCACCAUCUUGACCUAUGUCCUGUAUCAUCUUUGCUACUGCUUGCUUCAGCAUCCGUUUCUGAUAAGGCGUCGACUCGAGAGGACACAAUUCAAGAUACCCGCCGGUUUUCUGUCUCGCACAAUCGUCAGUUGCUUCACACACGCUCAGGAACUCACGCGCACUGUGGAGAACGCGGCCCGCGCGCAAUACAAAGUGUCAGCAACUUUUUUGAGCUACGCUUCUACCGUAGCAGGCUCAAUACACUGUUUGUUCCAGCACUCGCUAGAUUGUCUUACUCGCAUACAAUCCGUGGAAGCUCUACAAAGCAGUAUAAUGCACGUCAGCGGGAAAACCAGAUUUUGGAAGACGUCAGGGCGCAUGGUUGCAAAGCUGACUCAGUUCGCUGUUGAUUCGAUACGUUGUUCUGACUUGAUCGAUCCUUCCCUCCAAAGUGUCCCCCUCGAAGUUGCCGACAUCGAUCAACUGUACGCACUCUGUGACUACGGCACACUGUCCACGACCAAGGCUUUGAGCUCCACCGAUACAGCUGCAACAAACAUUGAGUCUGAAGAUCUCACAAUUGAGCGAGAACAAAGUCCCAGAUUGGAUCUUGACGGCUAUAGUGGCCACAUUGACGGGAUUCUACCUCAGAUCUUUGGUCCUGCAAACACCGGGACUAUGAUCGAUAAUUUUUCAUUCGCUCUCAGAGAUUACGGCGAGAAUGAGGAAAACAUCAACGGCACGAAUUAUGCGUGGCGCUUGUAG